AAGAUGUCGCACUGGACUGCGUUUAAAACUACAAGAUGCAGUAUUUUUAUCCAGAGUGGUAAUGCUUGCGCAAGACCACAACUCUCAGUGUCUCACUACGCUACCUCGUUGACCGCUCUCGAGGCACAUGUUCCCUUGCAGCACUCGUUGCCGACGUUUUUCAUUGAUCAUCAUUGAUCAUUUCGACCCGAAUCGAAGUCCAUAUGUUUUGACCAUUUCCAGCGCACAUAAGGUACGAAAUGUGACUGAGCAACAGCUUGAUAAAGUCGAACGUGCAGUAGCCCACCGAUUCGAGCAAUCGUCAUUGUGACAUGGGUGCGUUUGAUUCGUUUCGUUCUUGAUUCGCCAACGUCAGAGUCGGCAACGGUAAAGCCGAGACCACACGUACACUUGCCGACGCGCGCAAGCUCGUGUCCACACGCCUUGCGCCUACCGGACCUCGCGGUGAAUGGCGGCUUGCUUCCACAAGAGACGCACGCCUGUGCGCGCUCGCUUUUACGCUUUGGUAGAGAUCGAUUUGUACUGAGUUAUUGAUAGUGUUUCAAUAUGCUCAAAUAUUUAUAAACGUUCUUGUUUUAUUUUCUGACUUAUUUAAUCAGCGCUAAAUGGAAAUAGGCACUUGCUCACGUGACAUGUAAAUAAGCCUCACUGAAAAUAUUGCAGCAGCAUUGGCACACCAUCAAGCGCGUCGCGUACUCUGCGUUGGCGCGCGUACGGCUCGCUCCGAUUUCGCGUGUGUUCAUCGGUCAGCAUUGGCCGCUGUCUGGCUGGUCUAUCUCGCAAGGCUUUUUUGCUGCUUCCCCUCGACGUCAUGCCUGCAGUCUCACAUCAAGUGAGGCUUUUGCUAUUGCUGAAGAUGCUACUGCUCGUCCUUUUACUGAAGAGGAGGCGAGAGCGACGACAGCGGCGACGUUUGUGGAUGCGAACUGUGUCUGCGGCACGAAGGCAUGGAUUUUACCGCACAGCUAUGCUUCGGAAGCGGCAAGGAGAUCAUGGAUUCUUUUACAAGUACUUCAGAAUGACGCCGCAGCUUUUUGAUAAGCUCUUAAGCUUUGUAGCUGCCGACCUGACCCGGCUACAACUCAACAGUGAGCCCCUGGAGCCCGGAGAGAGACUGGCGAUAACUUUGAGUUACCUGGCAACAGGGCACGACAUAUGCCACAUAGCACGGGCAUAUCGUGUAGGUCUUGAAACUGCCAGGCAAUGCAUACAUGUCACAUGUCAAGCUAUAUGGGCACGCCUCAAGGAUCGUUUCAUGAGGACACCAACCAAAGAUGACUGGAAGAAGAUUGCCGAUGGAUUUUCUACACGGUGGCAAUUCCCCUACUGCCUCGGGGCUGUCGAUGGAAGACACGUGGCAAUCACAUGCCCUCCGAUGUCUGGAAGUGACUACGUCAACUACAAGGGAAAAUACUCAAUUGUCCUCUUGGCUGUCGUGGACAGCAGCUGCAAAUAUGUCCUUAUCGAUGUGGGCGCCGAAGGCCGUCCGAGUGAUGGGGACAUGUUUAGGAACUCAAGUUUUGGCAAGGCCCUCAUCAAUGGAAACCUUGGCAUAUCCUCACUUGGCCUGCUCCCUGGGACUGCUACAGCUGUGCCCCACGUCUUCGUAGGGGACAGAGUGUUUCAGUUGAGGAAAGACUUCAUGCGUCCGUUUCCAACAAGAUACCUUAAGGAUGAGCAAAAUGUCUUUAACUACAGGGUGAGCCGAGUAAGGCGGUGUGCUGAAAACGCAUUCGGCCUCACAGCAGCGAGGUGGCGGAUCCUUCUGCGGACGAUAAAUUUGCUCCCCACAGAGGUGGACUUGGUCGUCAAGGCGGCCUGUGUUUUGCACAACUUCCUAACCAUCCUCAACCCACAAUCUGACAGAUACACAGACCAAGAGGACGGGUUUGGUAAUGUUGUAGCGGGACCCUGGCGUCAAGGCAUCGAAGCUGCGCCGGGGGAUGACAGAGUGCCACAAUUUUUCCCCCUUGAAGCAACGCAUUCAAGGAACUUUGACGGCGAAGCUGCACGUGCUAGGAACCUUUUCACAGCCUACUUUUGCAGUGAAGUGGGUGAAAUUCCCUGCCAGUGGCACCAGCCAGAUGUUUCAAAAGAAGUUGCUUUGAAGCGUCUGCACAAGCGUCCAGACUUAUACGCAAUGAAAUGAUGGCGUGGCCUCAUGCUCUCGUGUUGUGUCCAAGGACAGUCAUGACGUUGACGUCACUGAUGACAGCUAUGAACGAGGUGUCGGCAUUAUCACCGAUGGCAGUGGCACCUCUGUCACCACCGACACCGGCUCGUGCAUAUUCAAGGCCACAUUGCAGAAUUGAUGCGUGCCCUCAAGAAGUUAUGCUCCCGUUGCGCUGUUGCUGAUCCGGCAACAGCGCAACGCAAGCCAGGAGCUGGAUGAAGAGCCGACAGGAUCGGCACUUGAAUGCUGCCUGAUGCGCUGACUCGUUUGAAAGAAAAGAUGUGUACUUGUUGUUGAUACUUUAUCCUGUACAUAUGUUCUUAGUAGACAGCUUUAGCAAUGUGAAAAUAAAGUUCUUUGGCACA